AUGACGCAGCAGCUGCUCCAAGGGAUGCCGGGAGCGUCUCGAGAUUGUAGGAAACGCGAUAUACCCCAGGAAAGGGCCAAACGUCGAUUCAUAUUUUACGAUUUCGAGACCGCUCAAGACACCGGCAAACACGUACCCAAUUUAUGCGUGACACACUUAGGGUGUGGGGGAUGUAUUGGAAACAAGUCUGACAACUUGUGUGAUACCUGUCCAUGGCGAGCUGAAGGAGAGGGACCAAGCCGAGUCAAGGUAUUUAAAGGUGCAUCCUCGCUGAACGAUAUGGGCGACUGGUUGCUCAGGGUUGCCGACGGUGGAACGAAGAAAAAGGGAAAGAAAAGAAAGAGGCAGUCAGACGGUGACUCUGAGGAUGGUACGGAUGAAGGGGACGAUGAUGAUGAGGAAGAGGCCAUUAUAGCCAUAGCCCACAAUUAUAGGGGAUAUGACGGACACCUUCUGCUACAGUAUCUUCAUAAGAAGAUAGUGAAACCUCCUGAGAUACUUAUGCGUGGUCAGCAAAUACUGCAAAUGAAGGUUGGUCGAGUGACUUUUAAAGAUUCACUAAAUUUCCUCUCCAUGCCUCUUAAAAACUUCCCGAAGACCUUUGGAUUGUCGGAGCUGCAGAAGGGCUACUUUCCUCAUUUCUUCAAUACUGCUGCCAAUGAAGAUUACGUCGGACCCUAUCCCCCAGUUGAGAGUUAUGGCGCUGACAGCAUGUCUAUCACGGAUAGAGAAGCUUUCAUGAAAUGGUACGAUGGCAAGAUAGCCCAAAAUGCUGUAUUUGACAUGGGGGAAGAAAUUUUGGCCUACUGUCUGAGUGAUGUCGAUAUUUUGAGGAGAGGAUGUGCUGCCUUCCGACAACUCUUUAUCGAUCAAAACCGGGUUGAUCCCUUUAAAGAUGCGAUAACCCUCCCCAUGGCCUGUAUGCUGGUUUACAGACAGAAUUAUCUUCCUGAAAAUACGAUCGCCAUUAUCCCACCUCUGGGUUACAGACCUCAUGUUCGCUAUUCUAUUCAGUCACUACAGUGGUUGGCGUGGUUAAUGAAUGUUGAUGCAACUUUGGACAUACAACAUUCCCGAAAUGGUGGUGAAAUGAGAUUUCACUGUUCCAAUGGAAAAACCUACAGCGUAGAUGGCUUCGACAAGAAGACAAAAACGGUGUACGAAUACUUGGGAUGUUUCUGGCACGGCUGUGCUAGAUGUUAUAAAACCAGUAGAAGUAAGCCUCAUCCCACCCUGGGAAUCUCUAUGGCCGAGACUUUACAUCAAACCCACUUCAGACUGGCUUUACUAAGAAACCAUCCUGAGGUCAACGCUGUAGUGACUAUAUGGGAAUGCGGUUUUCAAGGGCAGACAAAAGAGAACCCUGAAUUAGGCAAUUUUCUCAAGGGUUUUGAAUAUCUACCCAUGCCUUUGAACCCCCGCGAUGCUUUUUUUGGAGGGCGUACUAACGCUACCAAAUUAUUUCAUGAGGCUGGGGAAGAUGAAAAAAUCAUGUAUGUGGAUGUGUGUUCACUUUACCCAUACAUCAACAAAUACGGUAGAUACCCAGUGGGUCAUCCAAAGAUAGUAGAUAAGCCGGACGUGUCGAGACUGUUUGAUUUACAUGGUCUAGUCAUGUGUCGCAUACUCCCACCAAAGCGGUUAUACCAUCCCCUGCUUCCCUACAGAACCUGUGGCAAACUUAUGUUCCCCUUAUGUAGGACAUGUGCUGACUCUCAACAGCAGGAGACUUGUUCCCACACCGAUGAGGAGAGAGCCUGGGUUGGGACUUACGCCACGGUAGAAGUUCAGGAAGCUGUGAGGGAAUGCGACUAUGAAGUUCUACACAUAUUCGAGGCUUGGCAUUUUGAGGAAUUUGCACAGUAUGACAAGGACAGCAGGCAAGGGGGAUUAUUCACUGACUAUGUGAACAAUUUCUUCAAGUUGAAGCAAGAAGCCAGUGGACCUCCCGAACAGUGUGAAAACCUUCAAGAGUAUGUCCAGACCAUAUUCGACAAAGAAGGCGUGAGACUUAACGAGGCAAACGUAGUGAAAAACCCUGGACUCAGAAUGUUGGGCAAGGCUUGUCUCAAUAAUUUCUGGGGUAAACUAGCUCAACAGGAAUCGGUUACUAAAUCAGAAUAUUUGUCCGAUCCAAUGACGUUUUUUCAUAUGCUAUUGGAUGAAAGCUUACGGGUACAGAGCGUACUGGUGAUCAAUGAUAACCUAUUGUUCGUCUCUUAUGAACCCGAGAACGAUUAUCUCACACCGCACUCGGCUUCCAAUGUUGUCAUCGCCGCCUGGGUGACUGCUCAAGCUAGACUAAAGCUUUACAGCUACAUAAAACCAUUGGACCGGCGCGUGCUCUAUUUCGAUACAGACAGCGUUAUCUACAUACACCGUGCAGAAGAAUGGAAUCCACCGCUGGGCGAUUCUCUAGGAGAACUUACAGACGAAUUGGAUGGGAAUACCAUUAAAACAUUCGUAUCGGCCGGUCCGAAGAAUUAUAGCUAUUUGCUAGCCAAACCCAGGAAGGACGAAGCAUCACCUCUGACCUUGCAGGCUCAGUCUCAGUCUCCACCUCAGUCUCCACAAAGACCUGACCGAAAGUUAAAGAAAAAAGAAAAGAAAAAGUUGAACAGAAGUCAAAAGCCCAAUCCUCAAAUUUCGUCCGAGAUAUCUCUCUACAACGCCUUCGAUGCUCUUGACAUGCUCACACGACCCACACAGCGAAACUUUGUCCACAUUGCCAACGUCAUGUCAGAGGCCGAUAUGAAGAAGAGGAAGAAGUCUUACUGGUCGAAAGAGGAGGUUUUACUGUUGACGGAACUUGUGAAAGCAAAUGUACAUGUGUUUGGAAGGAAAGUUUGGUCCGGGCGUGACAUCGGCGAGGCGUCAAGAGGCGUGGCAGGGAGAUUUUUGACAUCGCCAUGUCCGAUCCACAACCUCAACUAG